CUGUGUAUAUUUUAUAAAAAUAGUUUAAUGCCAUUUGUCUUAAUCAGUAUGACCAGUUGAAAUACACAUCGAAUGUAAAGAAUUGUGAAAAAAAUAAAAACGUUCAAUAUUUUUCAUUCAUUGCCCCUUUUAAUCCUAUGGAGAUGCUUUCUCUAAUCUGCAUAAGCAUAUGCGACAAUGUAGGCUAUUGAUGUGUCUUUUUUAUUUCUAUACUUACUUAAACUCUAUGUUAUAGAAACAGUCACUUGCAAAAACCUGCAUUAUAGCAAAUAGUCAGUGGGGUCCUAUGGGAAAGUAAGCAUCUUGAUGAACUUUGAACGGUUUGUUAUGUCAUGUGUCAUAUGAUAACAGAUGUAUACAGGCAACACAAAGCGAAUCAGUUUGCUUUCAGCAGCAGAUCAUUCAACAUGUUGGGCUCCUUGACUCUGGUGUGGAUAUGCAUCGUUCUCAUAUUCCUCUUCAUUCGGAUCCAGAAGCCCAAGAACUUUCCUCCUGGACCUCAACCUCUUCCAAUAUUUGGGAACCUGCUUCAUUUGAACAUUGCCAAUCCUUUGAAAGAUUUUAAAAGAGUAUUGUAUUAGUCAUUCAUUUUAAAGAAUAAGGACAUUGUUGUUUUAAUGACUCAGGAAUAUUCUUGUCACCUUAAAUCAAAAUAUUUUUUUUUGAAUGUUAAAAUUCAUUUCGUUGCUAUAUUUUCAGUUUUCAGAACAAUACGGGAAUGUUUAUGGAUUGUUUUGGGGAUCAAAACCAGCUGUGGUUCUAAAUGGUUUUGCGGUUAUAAAGGAAGCUCUGGUUACAAAAGCUGGAGACUUUUCAGGACGGCCACAAGACUUCAUGACCAAUCAUAUGACAGAGAAUAAAGGUGUCAUUUUGGCUGACUAUGGCCCUGGCUGGAAGGAGCAUCGACGCUUUGCCCUCAUGACUCUGAGGAACUUUGGACUUGGGAAGCAAUCCAUGGAGGAGAGGAUUCUGAAGGAGAUCUCACAUAUUGUUGCUUGUCUGGACCAAAACGCUGGGGGAAUCAUGACUCCUCAGACAUUAUUUCACAACGCUGCGUCAAACGUAAUCAGCUUGGUUUUGUUUGGAACGCGUUUCGAUUACAAAGAUGAAUUCCUCAAGCGCUACGUUCAACUCAGUACAGAGAUUUCAAAGAUCGUCAAUGGACCGUGGAACAUGAUAUAUGACACAUUUCCUGCAUUGAGACACAUGCCUCUACCAUUUAAAAAAGGAUUUGAGGUCAUGGGAGAGAUGAAAAACAUGACUUUGAAUUUGAUCAAUGAGCACAAGAUGACGAGAGUCCCAGGAGAGCCCAGAGACUUCAUUGACUGUUAUAUGGAGGAACUUGAUAAGAGAGGAAAUGAUGGUUCCAGCUUUGAUAAAGCCCGGCUCAGUAUGUUCAUUGUGGAUUUGCACUUUGCCGGCACUGAUACUACAUCCAACACCCUCCUCACUGCAUUUCUCUACCUCAUGAACCACCCCGAUGUUCAGACGAGAUGUCAGCGAGAGAUUGAUGAUGUUCUGGAAGGUAAAGAUCACGCGUCAUUUGAAGACAGACACAACAUGCCGUACACACAAGCUGUGAUUCAUGAAGUUCAGCGUGUUGCUAACACAGUCCCAUUGAGUGUGUUUCACUGCACCACCAAAGACACAGAACUGAUGGGUUACAACAUCCCUAAAGGAACUCUUAUUAUCCCUAAUCUUACUUCUGUACUGAAUGAAGAAGGUCAGUGGAAGUUUCCUCAUGAGUUUAAUCCAGACAACUUCCUGAAUGAUCAGGACCAGUUUGAGAAGCCUGAAGCCUUUAUGCCCUUUUCUACAGGACCCCGUGUGUGUCUUGGUGAGGCUCUUGCUCGUAUGGAGCUCUUCCUGAUCUUGGUAACUCUUCUGCGCCGUUUCCAGUUUGUUUGGCCUGAAGAUGCCGGGAAACCAGAUUACACCCCAUUGUUUGGCGUCACACAAACACCCAAACCUUACAGAAUGCACAUCAAACUCAGAGAAAUAGCCAAAUGAUACUGAUCAUUACAUAUUGUCAGGGUGCAACUACAACUGUGUAUAUUACAUUAAAAUGUGUCUUAUUUCCCCAACACUUAUAACAAAUGUCUUUGUGUACAGUUCAGCUUUUUGGUAAAGAUCUACUUUUCUUACAUGGUUGACCUUUCCUAAAUAAAUGUGGUUUUAUUCUGUC